AUGUCUGAAAAAACCAACUCUACCAAAACCGAAAAGAAAACUCUACCAUCUUCUUUGGCCCCUGUGCAGCCAACUCCUCUCAGCUCCAAGGACAAAACAACCCAAAGAUUGAUUGUUGUUCUCUCUCAAGCCUGUUUGGAAACCCACAAGAUUAGUAAUGGCAGUCAAGGCGAUAAAUAUGUUUUGUUGAACUGUGAUGAUCACCAAGGUCUUUUGAGAAAAAUGGGUAAAGACAUUGGAGAGGCUAGACCAGAUAUCACUCAUCAAUGUUUGUUGACUUUGUUGGAUUCUCCAAUUAACAAAGCUGGAAAGCUCCAAGUUUAUAUCCAUACCGCAAGAGGGGUUCUAAUUGAAGUCAACCCAAGUGUCCGUAUUCCAAGAACCUUCAAAAGAUUCAGUGGUCUCAUGGUCCAAUUGUUACACAAGUUGUCAAUUCGUUCUGUCAACUCACAAGAACAGUUGUUGAAAGUCAUCAAGAACCCAAUAUCCGACCAUUUGCCAACCAAAUGUCGUAAAAUUACUUUGUCCUUCGAUGCCAAGGUCCAACGGGUCCAAGAUUAUGUGGAAACUUUAGACGAAGACGAAAGUAUAUGUGUCUUUGUUGGUGCCAUGGCUAGAGGUAAGGAUGAUUUUGCGGAUGAGUACAUUGAUGAAAAAAUUGGUGUCUCUGACUAUCCAUUAUCUGCUUCUGUUGCUUGCAGUAAGUUCUGUCAUGGUUGUGAAGAUUCUUGGAGUAUUAUGUAA